UUUCUAUGCAGACUUUGGUCCUCUGAAUCUGGCCAUGUUGUACCGAUACUGCUGCAAACUCAACAAGAAGCUGAAGUCGUUCACUCUGACCAGGAAGAGGAUCGUUCACUACACAAGCUUCGACCAGAGGAAGAGAUCGAAUGCAGCAGUGCUGAUUGGAGGAUACGCUGUGAUCUACUUGAAGAAAACUCCAGAAGAAGCCUACAGAGCUCUGGUCUCUGGUUCCAAUGCCUCCUACCUGCCCUUCAGGGACGCGUCCUUCGGGAACUGCUCGUUCAACCUCACUGUGCUGGACUGUCUGCAGGGCAUCAGGAAGGCUCUGCAGCACGGCUUCUUCGACUUUGAGACGUUCGACGUGGACGAGUACGAACAUACGAGGUAAACUCGGGUGGAGAAUGGAGACCUGAACUGGAUCGUCCCAGGGAAAUUUGUGGCCUUCAGUGGACCUCAUCCUAAAACUAAGAUGGAGAACGGUUACCCUCUCCACGCCCCCGAGGCGUACUUCCCGUACUUCAGGAAACACAACGUGACGACUGUGAUCCGCCUCAACAAGAAGAUCUACGACAGCAAACGCUUCACGGACGCCGGCUUCGACCACUGCGACCUCUUCUUCUUAGACGGCAGCACGCCCAGUGACAUCAUCACACGCCACUUCCUGCAGAUCUGUGAGAGCACCGAGGGGGCGGUCGCAGUUCACUGCAAGGCUGGCCUGGGCAGGACGGGCACUUUGAUUGGCUGUUACCUGAUGAAACACUACCGCUUCACAGCAGGUGAGGCCGUCGCCUGGAUCCGGAUCUGCAGACCAGGCUCUGUGAUUGGACCGCAGCAGAACUUCCUGGAAGAGAAGCAGUCGGUGAUGUGGUCGCUAGGCGACAGCCAGCGUUCCCAGAAGGCCAAGCUCGAGGAGAGGGCGGUGCCUAACCUCAUCAGCAGUAUGGAUGACCUCAGUCUAAGCUCCGCCCACACUUCAACAAACCCCACCCACAACGUCAACAUGUGCCGAUCACUGAGCGACUGUCAGAGCGAGGCGGAGCCUGUGGACGGAGCUCCUGGUCUGACUCAGGGAGACAAACUGAGAGCCUUAAAGAGCCGACGAGCCCCCCGACCUGCCACCACCGGAGCGCUCAGGGUGGAGGAGAUGAAGGUGCACAGCAGAUUACCGUCACAGCCGCUCAGGUUGGGUGGAGGUCUGGGCCCCACCUCCCCCCUCAAGUCCUCAAAGUUCCCAGCAUCCUCUGCUUCUGCCGCAGCCAAGAGGAUCGGAAGAAGUCCGCCAUCAUCAGCGUCGAACAUUAGGAGCUCGCGGUUGGCGAGCUCUCUCGGUGAUCUGUACUCGCCAGACGUGGACUCUUCUCUCCCCGCCCCCCCUUCCUCCUCUGUGUCUGUCAGCCCCUCCCCCUCGCCUCUGGCCCCACCCUCUCUGUGUCGUUAUGGUAACGGGCCUCGCAGCGUGCAGCACGAGAUCAACAACAACGGCGGUCUGUACGGGGGCUCUGCGGUGCCCCCUGCGGGGAAAACCUCCGGCUUCAUGGUCAGCGGCAGGUCAGGGCCUCAGGAGUUCGGCCCGUACCGGGGCGGCGGGCCCUACAGCGCUCUGAAGGGCCCGUCAGGACGCUACCUGAGCCGCUCCAUACCUUCGCUUCAGUCUGAGUACAUCCAGUACUAAAAAACUACAGACCUGACCUGAGGACUCAUUACCCACAAUGCCUGUGGGCGCUCAAAGGGAAGCUAAUAAAGGAGUUCAGCUCCGCCUGUUCAUGCUGUAUGUAGAUGAGCUGUAUGUAGAUGAGCUGUAUGUAAAUGAGCUGUAUGUAAAUAUGUAAUCUACGCGUGUGAUUGGCUGAAAGAUUUAUUUAGAUAAACAGAUUUUAUAUUUCUUAUUUGUGACAGAAGAAAUAUUUUUUUGUUUUAACAUUUUGAUAAAGUGAAGGGUCGGCUGACGACCUGUCGUCAUGGUUACAGUAUUUUCAGACAGUUUGUGAUUGGUCGGUUUUCUCAGAAAACAGAUUCACGUUUUAAUCAACAGCAAUAACAAAAAUAACCAUAGAAGAAGAAACUCAGGGUGUGUGUGUGUGUGUGUGUGUGUGUGUGUGUGUGUGUGUGUGUGUGUGUGUGUGUGUGUGUGUGUUGGAGGGGGUGGGGCCAGCAGCAGGUAACGCCCCCUCAGCCUUAAAGAAGUGUUUGAUUGGUCAGUGUAGAUUUUGUGUUUUUUAUUAAAAUGAAUUUAAUUAAAUGUAACGAGCUGAUUAGUGCUUCAUGUAACCGUUAAUUAGUCGAACAUACGUGACGAUCUUUAAAGCUGAUGAUGAAGAACACGUGAAUGUUUGUUUGUUUGUUGGAGCGAUGAAAGAUCAAAAUGUGCUGUGUCAGAAAAAUAAACUAAAGUCUGAACAAACUUAA